AUGCUGUUCGCCAAGUAUCUGCUUUUGUCUUUCAUGGUGGUACGAGUGCAGGGAUAUCUGCACCAAUUUCAGCCAUUCCUGUUUGUGAACAUUAAUGAUACAGCAAAGAUCCAGUGCUCUUCCAAAGAACAAUUUGUAGCAGGAGGUAUAACAGCUCAGUGGUACAGGAGACGAGAAGGUGAAGCCCCCAUGUUAAUUAAGAGAUGCUCAGAUCAUCAAAAUGUAAAUAAAGUUGCUUGCAUAUCGGAAGGACACAACUUGACCCUGGCAAUCUACAAUGCCCAACGGAAUGACUCGGGGGUUUAUUACUGUACCGAAUCUUACGUCAUCUUCUUGACUUUUGGCAACGGAUCCACUCUGAUUGUUGGAGACAGUUACACCUCCAGCAGUUGGGUGCUGCCUCUGGCUCCAUCUCCACACGGCCUCCUCUCCCCUGGGACGGCUGAUCUGGCUUGCGUGGUCCAUGGAGUUUCCAACGCAGUCCAAAUUUCCUGGAGUAUUUCUGGUGAUCUGCAGGAACAGGGGCUGAUACGUUCGCUGAAAGCAAAGGAUGGCUCCUUGGUGUUCAUAAAUCACAUUAGCGUCCCCGUGGCCACCUGGACCAGUGGGAAGAAUUUCACCUGUGAUGUUAAAUUCAACUCUUCUGGCAAGAGUGUUAAGAAAAUUGCCAGGUAUGUUGAAGCUUCCUCCACAGCCCCUGCCAGCGAUUGCUCACAUUACAUUGUGCCUCUUGCGGCUGGAGCUGGUCUGCUGCUGCUGCUGGUGUCUCUGAGCUUCAUCUGGACCCUGGCCCCUUCCACACUAGGAUUCAAGCCCAGGAUCUCAGCACCUCCAGCUUCAGAGGAGAACCAGGAUGGAAUCUUAUACGCUCAUCUGGAUUUUGAUUCACGGAAUUACAGCGGGCACACGUUGCAGCGACCGGCCAGAGGGAAACAUCUAAAACCAUGAACUGUCUAGUGCAGUGGAAUCCACACGUGGGAACUGAUGGCUGGUUCUCUGCUGAUUGGGCGUAGCAGCUGGAAGAAGGCUCUGUCUGUCUCUAUCUCCUUUCUUUUUUAUUUUCUCCCCUUGUCUGUUUAGAAUAAAAAGGUCAGAAGAUCCCCAAAGAGUCCAGCCUCAUCAGAUGGGAAAUCUCCUUUUGGGAUAUAAAGGCAUCAGGGAGUAGAUGGCUUUACCCGUCCCCUUUGUAUUAGAUUGG